AUCUACUCCGUGUUCAUUCUUCUUUGCGUGCAUCCCCAUGGCGGACCUCUCGGCCUACUGCCCAACCAAUCUCCUCUACACUCAGGAAAAGUUCACCCGGUAUCAGCCGGGUGGCUACCAUCCCGUCAGUCUGGGCGAUACCUUCAAAGACGGUCGCUAUGAAGUCCACCAUAAGCUGGGAUGGGGCGGGUACUCGACGGUGUGGCUGGUAUAUGAUCUGAUGCAAAAGCAAUGGGUAUCUUUGAAAAUCAUGACGGCAGACCGCACAGAUCAUUCUCACGAACUGGAGAUUCUUCAACGGCUAGCGAGGCAUUCUGGGGAUUCUCUGAGAGGAUUAUCUUAUUAUAUUGUUCAGUUAUUGGAUACGUUUUUCCACCCAGGACCUAAUGGCGUCCAUCAGUGUCUUGUGUUUGAGUUGCUGGGGCCUUCGGUGAUUCACGUUUUGAAGGAUUAUUAUGAUUCUGGGGAUGUUCUGGAACCUGAGACAAUAAUGAGAAUGUCAGAACAGCUUCUUAAAGGGGUGGGGUUUAUUCAUCGUGCCGGUCUGGGGCACGGCGAUAUAAGCGGUGCAAAUGUUGCCUUCAGUGCAAGUCAUUUGUCCAAGGCAUCCAAGGAAGUGCUCCUUGAGGUCAUUGGAGCUCCGGAGGCGGAAGAAGUGACUCGAAUUGAUGGCGAGCCGUUGGACCAAGGACUUCCGAAGCAUCUGAUCAAAGCCGCGAGUUGGGUGGACUGGAUUGAUGAAGACGAGGAGGAUCUCCGGAUACUUGACUUUGGAGAAAGUUUCCUCCAAGGUAAGGAGCCGACAAAGCUGGCGCAACCAGGGCAUUUGCGCGUGCCGGAGACUAUUUUCACGGAAUGCUUUGAUUACCGAGUCGAUUUAUGGCGGGCAGGGUGUAUGAUCUACUCUUUCGCCUUUGCAGCAUAUCCAUUUUCAUACUGGGGCAGUGUUGAAGCCUUGGCGGCUCAGAUGAUAGGCUUCGUGGAGAAGUUGCCGGUGGAAUGGCAGCCUCAGUGGCAGCGCAUGUUGUCCAACUCUGGUUCUGGACUGCAGGUGAAUGAAAGUUGUUCCCCAUCACGACUAGACGAACGGUUCAACACAAAGCUUCCCGAUCCAGCCCUUGAACCCCUUCGGCCAGUCAUCAAGGGAUUGAUGCGAUUCCUGCCAUCCGAUCGUAUGGAGGCAUCCGAAGCACUUGACCUACUGAGGUCGAGUGUCAGAUCAUGAAGACGGCUAGACUCGGUCGCGACGAUGGCACCUAACCCUCUUGGAUGUUAGCCUGGCUUAGAUGAGUGGUCGACUAAGAGAAUGCACUCUCUUUUCUAGAUCAGAGAAAUCCCGCUCAUAGACACCCGCCUAUCAUAAGCAGUGACCGCUGGGCAGUCCGACAUCUCAUAGAUUGAUCAUGACUCACAGCCCUGCCUCGAGCCAGACCCUUAUCAUUAAUAUCUGUAUCAGCCACUAACAAUGCUUGCUAGCUGAUAGCCUGGAACCAUACCCAGGCAGCAACCCUAAUCCCUGCAUCAGUUAAUCUAUCCAACGCACGUGUCGGUUUCUCAGGAACACGCAUACCCACCAGCCCUGUCACCAUCAACAUCACCAAUUGCAACUUUCC